GGCCAACAUCAGUUACCUUCCGCACAAUCUCGAAUCUAAAUCUAAACACAAACACACAAAAAAGACAUGGCUAAAUUCAUGCAAAUCCUUUUCGUUGCCUUCUUGGCCAUUGCCUUGGUAUCUGCUGAGGCUCCCCGCAGACGUUUCCAGGCCAGACGUAAUCGUUUCUUGGCCCGCCAAGAAGUUGCUGAGGAGGCUGUCACACCCUAUCCAUCGGCUGAUGAAUUGAAACCCGAAGUGCCAUUCAAUGAGGCUGAAGCUCCCGAACAAAUCACACCCAAUCAACCCGAUGAAGUUUAUGGUCCUCCAGAACUGGAUUUGCCUGCUGAAACUGAUGAUAUCGCCCCAACUGCCGAAGAAGAAGAGGAAGCCGUUGCUGUGGCCGAAGAGGAAGAAGCUGUUGCCGUCGCUGAAGCUGUGGAAUCUGCUCGUUUGACUGCCCGUCGUGCUGGUGCCCGUAAAAGCGCUGUUCGUCCCGCCAAAUUGCGCAAGGCUGCCCCAGCCCGUCUCCAGCUCCAGCGUCAAUUUGUUGCUCAACCCGUUUACUUCUACGUCGCACAGUAAUUUGUAGUGGGGACAAUGCAAUGAGUAAAUAGACUCAUUUCUUCGUGAAUUAGCUUAAGUAUU